GCCCCAGCAGCAGCCCCGAGAGCACCCCGGUAGCAGCGCCAUGGCCGGGUGGAACGCCUACAACGACAACCUCAUGGCGGAAGGGACAUGUCAGGACGUGGCCAUUGUGGGCUAUAAGGACUUGCCCUCCGUCUGGGCAGCCGUCCCCGGGAAAACCUUCAUCAACAUCACGCCAGCUGAGGUUGGUGCCCUGGUUGGCAAAGACUGGUCAAGUUUUUACGUGAAUGGGCUGACGCUUGGGGGCCAGAAAUGGUCUGUGAUCCAGAACUCACUGCUGCAGGACGGGGAAUUUACCAUGCAUCUUCUUACCAAGAGCACCUGCGGAGCCGCCACCUUCAAUAUCAUUGUUACCCUGAAUGCCAAGACGCUAGUCCUGCUGAUGGGCAAAGAAGGUGUACAGGGUGGUAUGAUCAACAAGAAAUGUUAUGAAAUGGCCUCCCACCUGUGGCGUUCCCAAUACUGACCUGG